AUGUUGGAAGACAGUCUCAAGUGGAGGGCAGCUUACAGACCAGAGGAUAUACGCUGGCCUGAAGUUUCAAUUGAAGGGGAAACAGGAAAAAUGUACAGGGCAAGUUUUCGAGACAGAGAGGGGAGAACUGUUGUCGUUAUGAGACCAGCAAAGCAGAAUACAUCAUCCCAUGAAGGACAGAUACGGUUCUUUGUAUACUCUUUGGAGAAUGCAAUCCUCAGCCUGCCUGAAGGUCAAGAGAAAAUGAUCUGGCUGAUCGACUUCACAGGAUGGACGAUGGCAAAUGCUGUGCCCAUAAAGACUGCCCGAGAAACUGUAAACAUCCUGCAAAAUCAUUAUCCUGAGAGGCUGGCCAUUGCAUUUCUAUUCAAUCCCCCAAAAGUAUUCGAAGCGUUUUGGAAGGUUGUCAAAUAUUUCCUUGACCCGAAAACUAUCGAGAAGGUGAAGUUUGUUUACCCGAAGGAUGAAGAGAGCAUGAAGGUCAUCCACAAGUACAUUGACCCGGAAGUCCUUCCUAUUGAGUUUGGGGGCAAGAGCAGUGUGGUUUACAACCAUGAAGAGUACUCUGAGUUGAUGACCAAAGAUGACAUCAAAAUAUCCAGCUUUUGGGCAGCAGAUGCUCAAACUGACCAUGUUAAUCAUGUCAUCGAUGGGACCUUGGCCCCUGAGGUUACACCUGUUGUCACCGCUAAUUGCUGA